CAAAGCGGUUGGACGUGUACGCGGUUGAAUUAAAAUAUUUUUUAUAAAUAGCAAAAUAAAAAGUGAAAUUUGGGCAAAUUAAAGUGCAAUUGGUGCGCUUUUAUUUUGUUUUAUUAGCCCACGUUUCUCGCCUGGCGACUGACAAGUGUGGGUGGCGACAGCUGUCAAUUUCUUGUGUGCAAUACAAACAAACAAAAAAAACAAGCAAGUGCAAUAUUGCAGCCGGUGUAAAUUAAUUAAUUUUCAUUAAGCAUUAAUUGAAAUGUCUAGAAAGCCGGCUAUGUAAUCCGUUGCAAUACCUACAACAAAAGAUUAGUUAUAAAAGUUGUAAAGUUGAAGUGACAAAAUCUACAUAUUUAUAUUUAAUAUUUACCCGAAGUAAACUCCAAUUAAAAGUACUUAUCAAAAAUUUUACCAACGAACGGCCGCAACAGCAGAUAAGUGGGCCCCAAUGUGACCAAUUUCGGCUGGUGAUGCCGCAAAAACAACAAAACCAGCAGCUGACGCAGGUACUUCAACCUCGAUAGUAGUAAGAACACACUUAAUUCUUCCACAAAAUGGCAAUCAGCUAUGGCUGUCUUGCGGUGCAAUAUGUGGUGGUGCCGACGGUACUGGUGCUGGCCGCACUAUUCCGCCCUGCCGGUAUCUCGUUCGUGUACCUGUUAAUGUUUUUUAUAACGCCCUUUAUCCCCAUCGCCAACAGUCGUAAUUUUAAAAGUUCCGUAGGACCGUUUUUCAUCAUACUCAUCGCACUAUGUGCACUACUACUAUUAUGUCAUAUAGUACUGCAAGUGACAAUAAUUGCUAUGAAGAUCGAAUCGAUCUUCGCUAUGUGUUCAUUUACGCAACAACUGUUGCGACACAUCGGAUUCAUUAAUUUGCAAAACCUACAUCCAAUAGCCGCCAUUGAAUGGCAUGCGCCGGAUUUGUUGGUUUUCAUCACAGUGGUAGUUUCAUUUAUAAUCAUAAAAAAGCUAUCACAAACACCACCACCAAUUACUCUGCAGUUAGAAAUUGGAGAAGCUAUACCGAUUCCGUUGCGAGAAUCGGAUGACAAUGUUAAUCCAGAUGAUGAAGCAUUCUUCGAUGGAUUAAUAAGAAUAUCACCACUCUUCUGCCUGGCGAUGCUCUUUGUUAUAUCCGUGCUGCGGCCGUCAGCGCCUGCUGGAUUAUACUUUCUCAUAUUCCUGUUGAGUGGCACAUACUGGGCCACCUAUAAUUCGCUGCGACAAGGAUUCUCCGUGCUGCUGCGUUUUCUCAUGCUGAUGAUUGCAUUGCACUCGGUGUGUAUUGUCGCAUAUCAAACGCCAUGGGCGCAACAUUAUUUGAGUAGUGAUAAUUUAAUAGCAAGACUGAUCGGCCUGGAGCCGUUGGUCCUAUCGUCCUGCGAUCGGGAUAUACGCGUUAUGAGCUACAAUUUGAAGUACAGUUUCGACUCCUUCAUUCUUCCUAUUUUAAUGCUGUUAACAUAUUUUGUGCUUGCGCUCACCGCCAAGUGCCUAAGCAAUGCAAAUGUCACUGCAAAGCCCAAACCCGCCAAAGGCCAAUUAGAAAAUGGUAGUAGAUUAAAUCGUCAAAUAUCUCGCGUAACGACACAUUCAUUGCGUAGUAGUAAAAAGGAUAGUUGGACACGUGCACAACGCCUGACUCUGGUGAAACGUUUACGCAAAAGUGAUGCCAAAGAAAUCACAAGCGAUGAAAUUGCACUGGAAACGCAGACGUCCACACAAUCCGUCGAUAUAUUUACUAAUACGAUAUGCGAUCAGAUUUGCUAUGGCUUUAUAAGCAUUGGCCAGUUUAUAUAUCAGAAUAGUUAUAUAUUUACAAAUAUCUCUAUGAUGACCUGGUCCAUCAUUUAUCACAGUUGGCUGACCUUCGUUCUACUACUUUGGGCCAACAUACUUUGGAUGAUACCCAAUCAGCGUAAGGCCAUGAUGCGUUCCAGUCCCUUCAUCGUAUGCUAUGCCGAGUUACUACUGAUAGCGCAAUAUAUUUAUGGCAUGAAUUUGAAAAAUGACGAAUUACCCUCCAAAGUUGAUACCGCCGGCAUCAAUUUGCAACAAAUCGGUCUUGAGCGCCCGCAGGAGCAUGGCACACACCCCUGUGUGCCACUAAUUGUCAAAACGCUCUUUCUACUCAUGUUUUGGGUUACUUCAAGGCAGUUUUUCCAAGAGAAAGCCGAGGAGAAACGCAAUAAGCGUAAAACACCUAUUGCAAUGGCACUUGAAACUAUAGAUUCGGAUACAUCCGUUGAAUCGGCGCGCAAGCAUACAUCGAAAUUCCUCAAGAAAAUUGGCGAUAUCGUGAAAAAUCUUUUAGUGCGCUUAUGGAUUUGGAUGCUAGUUUUGGUGAUCUUCUUGUGCGCCAUGACGGGAAAAUUUAUGACCGGUUUUCGCAUAUGCUACAUGGCGUUAUUUCUCUUCUUCUUACUCGUCUUCCAAUCAUCAUCGAAGGUGUGGGUCAAGGUCAUGUAUGGUUUUUGGCUAUUCAUCAUCUUCUAUGCCAUGUCCAUGCUGAUACUCAUUUACACCUAUCAAUUUGAUAAAUUCGAUCAAUAUUGGUAUGAGUAUUUGAAUAUAUCACAAACGCUCCAAAACGAUAUCGGCCUGGAGCGUUACAAAACCAAAGAUCUCUUCCUGCAUCUGGUCUCACCAACGCUAAUCGUUGUACUAACAGUCAUACAGGUGCAUUAUUUCCAUCGUCGUUUCAUUGAGUCGCUAGGAGAGCGUGAACCGGCUGACAUAAAUGAUGCACGGGUCCCAAAAACUGAAACUGAGCAGCCUAGAAAAGACUCGAAGUCUGAUCGUAGCAAUGAUGCUACGAAAUUGAUUGUUUCAUCGCUAAAACGUUUACGUAAUAUUACAAGGCAUUACUUCAUUGUUUCGAAGAAAUUGUUUUGGCGCUUCUUGGAAUUACACAUCAUUAAGGCUGUAUAUAUAACAGCAUUUGUUUGCGCCGUUAAUGAGGUGUGUGUUAUUCACGUCAUAUUCGUAGCGCUCUGCGUACUGGGUUGCAUCACAAGAACCUCUAUACAAAUCUUUAUCAGCCGCAUAAUCUCUUUUGUUGUAUCAAUUAUAAUAUUAGCAAAAAUGAUCUACCAAAUUGGUUAUCUAUCGCAUGAGGAUUACGAUGUGAAAUGCGAUAAUGAAAACACAACACACGGCAAUAGCGCAGUAUGGUUUGGCCUACAGAAAGCCGAUGAUACGACAAAUGGUUUAAUUGGUCUCAUAAAAAUGUACAUUAUUUAUAUGAUCGCUGUAACGCUGCACGCUGUGGUCAGUCUAAGGCAAUUCCAAAUGCGCGCAAUUUAUGGCCAUUCGCAAAAAGAUCAUGGCAAAGUGCUAUUCCCUAGCACGGAUCGUGUCAAAGCGGAAAAGAAUCUCAAAUCUAUGAUACAGUAUCUCUUCAAUUAUGGCUUUUAUAAGUUUGGACAAGAAAUCUCACUGAUAAUGUUGGUCACCACAAUUGCCUAUCGACAGGAUAUUGUAGCGAUUUGUUAUGUUGUGUGGUUAUCUGUGCUGUUGAUGUUCAGUCGAAAGCGGCGUAGCUCCGUUUGGGGUAUAUUCCAAGUGUUCAUUGCGUUGGGUAUAUUUUUACAAUACCUAGUUUUACUCGGAUUGCCGCCAAGCCUUUGUUUGGAAUACCCAUGGCAGGAUUCUCGCUUCUCAGCACCCAUACAAGGCUGGCUUUUGCUCCCCGGUAACCUGCAUUAUGAUCACUCGAAAAAAUUGAUUUUCGAUUUCAUUCUCCUACUGAUGGUAACGCGUCAAAAGCGUAUCUACCGCAUCGAAGAACGUCUCGGCGACAGCUAUCCGGGUGGCUCGAAUCGUAAUGUGGUUAAGGACAUUGAAGAUUUGGGUCGUGUGCCUUUUGAAAAUCCAACAAAUGAUUUCCUUUCGCAUGUGCGCAACUACUUGGAUAUUUUCAUGUAUGCCAUACUCUGCGGCUUCUUUUGGGUAACACUGGCCACCGUAUUUUUGGCCGGCACAAAUAUGAGUGAUUUUCUCGCUUUGGGUUAUCUAAUUGGCGCUUUCACAUUCUUGUGGGAAGGUUCCGAUUUCUAUUUGCGUCCCAUACGUCAAAUAAUCAAUCGUUGGCGUUGGCUGCUCGCUUUUAAUGUUUUUAAUAUUGUUGUGAAGACCUGUUUUGAAAUGGCUGGUUGUCUAUUCUUAGAAGAAUUAACACAGAAUUGCUGCUGGCUUGUACAUUUGUUGGGCAUCGGCUGUUACUUUCAUACGCAAAUACCCGUCGAUGAUGCACUAAAGGAUAAAGGCGGUGGCGAAUGCCCGGAGGUGAAUAAAUCGACAAUACUAAUGUGGGAUACUAUUUGUUUUGCAUUCCUCAUACUACAAAUGCGUAUCUUCAAAUCGCAUUAUUUCUGUCACAUAAUCAUCGAUACGAAGGCGAAUAGCAUAUUGGCGACGAGAGGCGCUGAUAUUAUUGAGGAUCUACGUCAGAAACAAAUCGAACAUCGUCAACAACAUGAAAACGAAAUUUUGGUCAAGAUCAAGCGCAAAAUGGAACGUAUACGUGCCACACAACAAAAGAUGUUGAAACCCAUUGAUAAACCCACACAUUUCGAUGAACAUGGUGCUCCAAGCAAACAGCACAAACGGAAAGAGAUUAAGUUACACGGACCUGAUGCGCCCGACGCGCCUGUUGUCGUUGAACAAUUAAGGCUGCCACACAAAAAAGCUGUACGUGCCGGAGAUUAUUACAUGUUCGAAGAUGUGGAUGAUAAAUUCGAAUUGGACGUAAUCGAUGAUGAGCAAGAUUUCCUAUCGGAACAAGAAAGCGAAAAGAAAUUGCAACGUCGUAAAACGGUCAUAAAUGUUUGGAAGGAUAUACAAACUGCCGAAUUUCGUCGUCAAGUCUAUAUGCGUCAGCGUUCAUACGCUUCGGCGCCUGGUUCCCGAAUUGGCAUUAAAAUCGAUGAAGAAUUAGAGACGGAAACCGAAAAUGAGGCUGGUGUGCGUACAUCGACGUUAUCCGAGCCACACGAUUACUCUGUACCGCCGCGUUCGGCUAGCGAAUACUUUACUGACAUAAAACGCAAGUCCGAAGUAACACCAUCAACAAGCAAGGAAGCAAAAGAGGCAUCCGAAUUGGAGGAGAAGAAGAAAAAGAGCGAUGUAGUCGACUCUGAGGACUCUGAAGAUGAUUUGGAGGCAAAUCCCAUAAUUCGUCUAUUGGAAGGUUUCCUUGUAUCUCUGACAAUUGGUUUACAUCGCUUGUCACGCAACUAUCGUUAUGUGAAUAAAAUUAUGUCGAAUGAAAAGCGCUUGCUUAAGGAAACUCAUAGCGUCAAUUUGCUGAUACGACCAGCCGCCAGCACAGUCUUUGUCAAUAUUAAGAAUUUGUCGCCAAGUGAUGAGAAUGCAGAUCCUGCUGGCUCGAUUGGUUCUGCUUCGAUUGAUACACAAAACGAAACGAACACACGACCAUUGCCACAUAGUAUAACGAAUGUUACCGAUUUGAAUACCAUCACCUCAGACACCUCCCCACCAUCAUCGAUACCGCCACUCAUAAACGAUACACAACCAGAUCGGCAACAACAAUCAGAACUGCAGCAGACAGGGGAUCCACAUGCCAUUAUUGAAAUGUCAGUGGAUACUGUCGAUGAGCGAAAUGAUAGACACGAUGAAGAAGGGCAUGUAUCAAUACUACGAUCCCACAGCCUGGUUAUGCUCGAAGAGGAUUUCACAGCGCGUGAGCAUCACAUCAUCAUCGAGUUCCUCAUUUCCCUUUGGUAUGCAUUACUCUCGAACACGGACAUAAUUUGCUAUCUGGUGGUGUUUAUUAAUCAGGUAGUAAAUGCCAGCAUCAUUUCUUUGCCUCUACCCCUAAUGGUGUUCCUUUGGGGUACACUCUCAUUGCCGCGCCCAACGAAAACAUUUUGGGUCACACUUAUUGCUUAUACACAGGCGAUUGUGCUGAUUAAAUGUAUAUUCCAAUACAAAUUGAUUUGGGCCAAUUAUAUUAAUCUGCCGAAUGAUCCAUUGGCGCCAGCAAAAAUAUUCGGCGUCGAAUUGAAUCCAAAUUAUGCCAGUUAUGAUUUGUUACUACUGCUGGUGCUAUUCUUUCACAGAUUCAUUUUAAAAUCGCAUGGUCUCUGGAAGUCGGAAUACAAGUUCCCACGCGGCACAACAUCAGUCGAUACAACACCUGAGCUAGGAAGUGAACAGCAAUUGCAGGACAGUAACAACAAAGAAAGUCUCAUUAACGAUUUAACUGCUGACGUUAAUGGCGCUCAAAGAAGAAAAGCCAUUACGGAUGUCGAAGAUAGUUCCAUGCCCGAAUCAAGAACUGACACUGAUAACAAUGCCAGACCAGAGGAAACGGAUGGUGUGCGAAGAAGAAGCCCUCGAAAUCGACAUAGUGAUAAUCAUGAAACUGAUUCCGCACGAGAUAGCAGAGAGAACGUCACUGAAAAUAAUAGAAAAGAAGGUGGCGCUGAGCCACAGGAUGGCACGCACUUGAUUAUCAAAAGAGAUGCUGCCGAAGAUGGUGAUAGGAGAAGUCAAGCGAGUGUUAUGAGUGCUAAUGCAUAUAAGCAAAAGCUGAAGCAUUUAAGACGUGCCAAGUACCUGUCAUCUGUGCGAAAAUUCUUCACAAAUUUAUUAUCAAAAUCUCGCCUGCCAGCUGAUGUCUAUGCACUGAUGUUCCUCUGCGAUUUCGUCAACUUUUUCGUGUUACUUUUCGGUUUUACUGCAUUUGGUUCUCAACAAUCUGACAGCGCCGGUGGUGUACAAACAUAUUUGGAGGAAAAUAAAGUGCCAAUACCCUUCUUAAUCAUGUUGUUGGUGCAAUUCAUAUUGAUCGUAAUCGAUCGUGCUUUGUAUCUGCGUAAGGCUCUGCUGCACAAAAUCAUUUUCCAUUUCCUCUCCGUUAUCGGCAUACACAUUUGGAUGUUCUUCAUUGUGCCUGCAGUGACUGAGCGCAGUUUCUACUCAUUGGCACCGCCAAUUAUUUUCUACAUAAUCAAAUGUUUCUACAUACUAUUGUCGUCAUAUCAAAUUAAAUGCGGUUAUCCCAAACGUAUUUUGGGCAACUUCUUAACAAAAGGUUUCUCGCUAGUCAACAUGGUGGCAUUCAAAGUCUACAUGGCCAUACCAUUCUUAUACGAGCUGCGCACAAUACUUGACUGGGUGUGCACGGACAGCACAAUGACACUCUUUGAUUGGCUGAAAAUGGAAGAUAUAUUUGCCGAUAUAUAUUUCAUUAAAUGUAGUCGACAAAUGGAAACUGAUUUCCCCGCCAUACGCGCCACUAAAAAACCGAUACUAACCAAACUACUCAUGGGUGGCCUAUUCAUUAUAGCCAUUGUGAUAGCGCUUUGGGGUCCAUUGUGCAUUUUCGCAUUGGGCAAUGCUGUCGGUCAAUCGAAUAUACCCUUACAAGUGAGCAUUUCUAUACGUAUCGGUUCGUAUGCGCCCAUCUAUCAAACGAAUACACGUGAUAAUAUUAUCGCUUUCGAUGAGUCAAUGUACGGUGACAUGAAAGGUGCUUAUGUCAAGGAUCGAGCGGCAAUAACGUUCCUAAGCAGCUAUGAUGCAACUGAUAUUGCAGCUAUUAAGUUGCCAGGAAAUUCGCCUUCGCUAUGGAAUAUCUCACCACCAGAUCGCAAUCGUUUGCUGGAAGAGCUGAAAAGUAAUGGCACAAUUGUGGCUAGCUUUGCCUAUUCAAUUACACGCAUACCGCCUGACAAGAGUUUAGUGGGCACUGUUUCGAGCGAGAUCGUCUUUAAUAUGAACGAAACGUUUCCUGGUCGAGAAAACCUGAUCAACAUGUUGGAAUCAAAUGGCACCGCUUCAUCGAAGGUUGUGAGCUUGCCCGAUUUGGUGCCUAAAUUUAUUAAGAUAUUAAACUCUGGCGAUGUACAAAUUGUGCACCAAUUGAUGCGAAAUGGACAAACUUAUCGUCCGCUUUCGAUUCGUAUGCGCACCAGUUCUUCCGCGCGUAUCUGGUGGGAACUUUCAGAUUUCUGCGAUGAUGAAUUCCACACAAAUUUCUUAUCGAAAUUACCCUUGGAUAAAUGCAAUUCUGGCAUCGUUUUGUAUACGUUUAACGAUAAAAAGUUCCCGUCUACGUUUAGCUUUAUUACCAAAGGCGGCAUUCUUGGCGUGUACACCACUUUCGUCAUUGUGGCAUCCCGCUUCUUCAAGUCCUUCAUUGGUGGACAAAAUCGCAAAAUUAUGUUCGAGGAUAUGCCUUAUGUGGAUAGAGUGCUGCAAUUGUGCCUUGAUAUAUAUUUGGUAAGAGAAGCGCUUGAAUUUGCGCUGGAAGAGGAUCUCUUUGCCAAAUUAAUCUUCCUGUAUCGAUCACCGGAGACGAUGAUAAAGUGGACGCGUCCCAAAGAGGAAGCUGACGAUGAAACGGACUCGGAGUCUAUGCGCAGUCGUGGUAGCUUACGUGGUGCCAGAUAAAAAACAAACGAGUGAAAAACGCACUGAUUUAUUCACACAACAACACAACUCGAAAGUUAUAAGUCUUAGAAUUUCAUAUCUAGUACAUUUCGCUGCACAAUCAAGUAAUGAAUACUUUCCUUUUUCUAUUUUAAUAUUUGUGUUUAUGUUACAAAAACAUAUAGUACAUACAUACUAACAUUUACAUAAACCCUUGUUGUUCGCAUUACAAACAAUCAUUGACACAUUUCAAAUGCCCCUAGAGAAGAUGCAAAACCUAAUUUGAAAUAAUUUGUUGUGCCCCUUAUAAAGCGAUAGGUUAUAUUUAUAGAAAUCUCAUGAGGCUGGACAUGUCUUUGCGAAAGAAUUUUUUUUUUUUUUUGGGUAGCAUAGGUUUGCUGAUGUGUGUGUAGUAGGUACAUACAUAUAUCAAGUAUGCUAAUACAUAUUGAUGAUGGUUGUUGAUCCCAAUUACUUAUUAUCUCAAAAUUACGAAAUUUGAUUUGGAAGAAAAUUCACAUUUCGAAUUAUUAUGAAAAUACGGUUUUGGACUCCAAAUAAAAUUUACUCGAAUUUCAAAGAAAAGAAGUUGCUAGUUUUUUAAAUUGUACGUUCAUCGUCGUUUUCGAGCACGUCAUAUCAGCUUGAUAGACUCAGUAGCUCAUUGAGAGUUGUUUAAGCCGUCUCAUAUGCCCUCAAACGCCCUCAAACGCCCUACUUAGACUUUUGCACUUUUCUGGGAAGCAUUAGCAAGCAUACUUUUUUCUUGUUUUUUUUUUAUUUUAUUUACUUAAACAUACACACAAACCACAUAGUAAAACUCCUUAAAAGAACUGCCGUUAAUGUUGUACACUAUUUUUUUUUUAUUAAAAAACAAACCGAAAAAAUGGGGAAACGAUAUUAUUGAAAACGUACAUAAACAAAAGAGAAAAAGGGAAGGGGCAUUUUUAUAUUUGUAAGUUCAAAGCAACAAAAACUUAUUCAUGCAA